AUGGACUUGGACCUUCCUGCUCACUUUUCCACAAUUGAGAAUCUCUUCGAGUUGCUGGCGACUUUUCUCAAUAUGAUCACACCGCUGAGUGCGAUCAAGUAUCUGAUUCGCCAUAUAUUUCUCCCACCCAAACUGCCUGGCAAAGAUGACUCCAGUCCAGACCACGACGGAGUCUUACUGGACACCACCAUUGACGCACUUUAG